AUGCGGUGUACUCUGUUAUUGAAAUUUGACACCUGGCUAGAUGACCUGCACCUCUUCCUACAGCUCACUGCCAAGGAGGAUAUUUCGCUGUACGAUCAUGCCCUCGGUCACGCUACUGCCCCUCCUACCACUGCAGACAGCACUCAGCGCUCACAGUGGCAGACUCGUGACGCCCACGCUCGCUUCGCUAUUCGCAACUCCCUGCCACUAGAUGAGCGCGAGCACUUUGGCCAGCACAAGACUGCUAAGGACCUGUACACUGCUGUUGUUGCUCGUUACUCCUCACCUGCCUCUGCCGCACUAGGCCGCCUCACCCUCCCCUACCUGUUCCCCGACCUGGCCUCCUUCAGCACAGUCGCUGACCUCAUCACCCACCUCAGGACCAGUGAGGCCCGCUUUCGCGCUGCUAUGCCUGACGAGUUCCUUGCCAGCAACCCCCCCCGCUCUGGAUCACGCUCUACCACAUCGUCACCCGCCUCCCUGACUCUCUGCGCGCAGGGUGUUCCCCUUCCCCUCUCCUCCCCUCUGUCGCCUCUGCUGCUGCUGUCGACCUCCUUGGUGCUGAGAAGGUCGGGGCCGCGUCUGCUCCGAGCGGGCGCCGCAGGGGCAAAGGGGGCAAGGGUGGAGGUGGCGGCGGGGGAGGCGGGAGUGGUGGCGGUGGGGGUGGCGGUGGGACUGGAGAGGCUAGUGGCGGCAGUGGGGGUGGUGACAGCAGCGGCGGGAGCGGUGGCAGGGGCGGAGGCGGCAGCGGAGGCGGAGGUGGUCGUGGCGGCGGCAGGGGUGGAGGUGGCCGGGGCGGUGGCGGCGGCGGUGGUGGUCGUGGAGGCGCUGGCGGUGGCCAGAGUCAGCAGCCCGCCCCGUCGCUUCAGGCCGCCCGUGAGUGGUAUGCGCAGCGUGGCUUUACCUGCACGUACGUCAUUCGCACUGUUUCCUGAUGCCACUGAGCUGCCCCGCUGGGCUGAUCUGGAGAAGAAGGGAGUUGAUAUCUGGGCUUUAGACUUUGAUGCUAUUCUCACUGCCAUGUAUGCGAUGUUUACUAGUGGAGAGGGUGCUCAGUACUUGCGUGUUCCGCCCGACCCGGGCAUUCUGACCAGUCCGGCUGCCGCUCUAGGUGCUAGUGAGUCUGCUGCCCCAGGUCCUGGUGAGGCUGCUGCUCUAGGUGCUAGUGAGUCCGUGCCCUCUGGUACUGAGUCGACUGCAGCACUGCACACCUUCAUUCUUAUCGUGGCGUGUUCGGUCUUACGAGGAACUAGCUGUGUUUUCAAGCUGGUGCGGUGA